AUGACUUCUCUUGAAGUGUUUGCGCAAAUGAUAAAGGGUGACAUUGUCACCCCGGCCGACCCCUCUUAUCCCGCUUCCCUUGUCCGCUGGGCGAAGAAUGCGGAGUGCAAGGCCAGGGUUGUCGUCAAGGACGCGGAAGACGUAGCCAGGUCGAUUGCUUAUGCCAAAGAGCAUAAUCUCCUUUUUGCCAUCCACGGAGGUGGUCAUAACGCCUCUGGUGCCUCGUCUGCGGAAGAUGGCCUUGUCGUCGAUUUGUCCCGUUACUUUGCUGGCGUGCGCGUCGAUUCUGAGAAGCGCCUCGCGUACAUCGGCGGAGGUGCUAUUUGGAAAACAGUGGAUGAAGCUGCCAUUGAAUAUGGCUUGGCCACUGUUGGUGGAACUGUUCACAACACUGGUGUUGGAGGGCUAACCCUUGGUGGAGGGUAUGGUUAUCUCAGCGGAAGGCAUGGCUUGACGAUCGACAACUUUGAGCAGGCCACCCUAGUUCUCGCGGACGGAUCAGUUGUUACUGCUAGCGAGACCGAGAACUCAGACCUCUUCUGGGGAAUACGAGGCGGAGGCUCCAACUUUGGCGUUGUCACAGAGUUUGUUCUCAGACUCCAUCCCCAGCGGAAGACCGUGUUUGCGGGGAUAUCCAUUUUCAACAUGAAUCAGGUAGAGCAGCUCGUGAAGGUUACUCUUGAAUGGGCGAGAACAGUCCACGAAGAUGAGGUUAUUUUCCAUCUAGCUGGCACUGACGACGUUGGGAACCCCAUGCUUCCUGUUCUUUUCUUCUACAAUGGGAACGAGCAAGAGGGAAGAGAGAGGUUCAAAGACUUCUUCGCAAUUGGCCCUGUCGUUGAUGGGACGAAGGAGAUACCCUACGAGAAAUUGAACGCAAUCCUGACCCCUAUGGUUCCCCACGGCAAAGGCCGCUAUCUCAGAGCUAUCGGGCACAAAGAACCCGAUCUGACUAGCACACUCUUGUUCCUCCAGAAGGCCUCCGAGAUUACGAAGCAGGGUACAUUCAAGCUUCUGGCAUUGCACGAGUAUCGCUCCAAUGCGAAAAUUAACUCCGUUCCGAUGGAGGGUACGGCGUUUCGCCGAACCCCCGCUCAAAGCAUAUUCUUCUUUGCGACUUGGGACAAGCCGACAGGGGAUCAAACCGAGCUCAGCAAAAAAGCGAGACAGCUCAUCGACGAAGCUAUAAACGAGUGUUUCCUCUCGAAGACCCUCAAAAUGGGUAUGUCUGAAGAGUACGAUGUGGCAGGAUAUGCGAACGUAGAGAUGAUACACGAGCGUAAUGACGUGGCAAGAGUUCGUGCCAGCUUUGGAGAGAACUUUCCGAGGCUUCAAGAGGUCAAGAAGAAGUACGAUCCGGAGGCCUUCUUCAACCGAUGGUGCCCUAUCCCUCUUCCAUGA